CAACAUUUCAAUGUAUUUGCUUUGUGCAGUAAACAAACAAGAUAUCAAUAACAUUAGAGAUAACUCUGAAUAAAAACUUCCUGUUUUACAACACCUUUAAUGCUAUUAGGACAUUAAAGUAAUAUUUACGCUCCCGGUGGCAACCCAACAUGUAAAAUAAAAAUUUUUUUAUCAAGGGGAUCAUGAAACCUACAAAGACAUGAUUGUAUACAUAUCUUAAACGAUUAUUUAAAGUGAAGUUAACAUUACUCGGAUAUAUCUUGCACACUUUAAACUCAGGCAGCAUGGAAAAGAAAGAAAAAAGAAUAUCCAAAGAAGAGAAAAUGUAUAGAGAACUGUGUAAUGAUGAAAGAAAAUACCUAAAUUUGUUUGAAAAGAAGCGUGAGUUUCUUCAACUUUUUUACAAUGAAAGGGAUCACCUUGAGUUUUUCGAUAAGAACAGAAAAUACCUUGCAUUGUUUGAUGAAGAAAAGAAAUAUCUUCCAUUAUUUGAGAAGAAAAGAAAAUAUCUUCCAUUAUUUGAGAAGAAAAGAAAGUAUCUUCCAUUAUUUGACAAGAAAAAAAAGUACCUGGAUCUGUUUAAUUCAGAACGCGGAUAUCUGGAUCUGUUUAAUUCAGAACGCGGAUAUCUGGAUCUGUUUAAUUCUGAACGCGAAUAUCUGGAUCUGUUUGAUUCUGAACGCGAAUAUCUGGAUCUGUUUAGUAAUUCUGAACGCGAAUAUCUGGAUCUGUUUAAUUCUGAACGCGAAUAUCGGGAUCUGUUUAGUUAUUCUGAACGCGAAUAUCUGGAUCAGUUUAGUAAUUCUGAACGCGAAUAUCUGGAUCUGUUUGAUUCUGAACGCGAAUAUCUGGAUCUGUUUAAUUCUGAACGCGAAUAUCUGGAUCUGUUUAUUAAUUCUGAACGCUAAUAUCUGGAUCUGUUUAGUAAUUCUGAACGCGAAUAUCUGGAUCUGUUUAAUUCAGAACGCGGAUAUCUGGAUCUGUUUAAUUCUGAACGCGGAUAUCUGGAUCUGUUUGAUUCUGAACGCGGAUAUCUGGAUCUGUUUAAUUCUGAACGCGGAUAUCUGGAUCUGUUUAAUUCUGAACGCGAAUAUCUGGAUCUGUUUGAUUCUGAACGCGAAUAUCUGGAAAUGUUUGAUUCUGAACGCGAAUAUCUGGAUCUGUUUAGUAAUUCUGAACGCGAAUAUCUGGAUCUGUUUAGUAAUUCUGAACGCGAAUAUCUGGAUCUGUUUAGUAAUUCUGAACGCGAAUAUCUGGAUCUGUUUAAUUCAGAACGCGAAUAUCUGGAUCUGUUUCAUUCAGAACGCGAAUAUCUGGAUCUGUUUGAUUCUGAACGCGGAUAUCUGGAAAUGUUUGAUUCUGAACGCAAAUAUCUGGAUCUGUUUGCUUCAGAACGCGAAUAUCUGGAUCUGUUUAAUUCAGAACGCGAAUAUCUGGAUCUGUUUGCUUCAGAACGCGAAUAUCUGGAUCUGUUUGAUUCUGAACGCGAAUAUCUGGAAAUGUUUGACGAGAGCAGGGAACAGCUUGAAAUACUUGUAAAUCACAAAGAUAAUCUUCAGUUGUUUGAACAUAAAGGCGAGCUGUCGUUUGAAGAACUUUCCGAUGCUAUUUACACUUAUGAAGAAUACGAGGACGGCAAGGAUUUAAGCGCAUAUGAGUUUUGUGAAUUGUUUAGAGCAGGGUUUUUAUAUUAACACUUUUGAACAAUCCUUGAAAAAUAAAAGAAUUUUAUACAUUUUAAAUGUUAAAUCACGAUUUUGACGAUUUAUAUGGAUUAUUUAUAAAUAAUUACAACUAUUAAAGGGACUCCACUGAGGUUUUUUGAUAAUGAUUGGACUGAAUUUUUUUUCCAUAUAAAUGUACCAUAUUUGAUGUAGGUUUAGACCUCUAAUCUUUGUGCAAAAUUUCAGAUCAUUCGCGCACUUCGUUUUUCCAGAAUAAUUAUUCACAUUGUAAAUAAUCACACAAAAUGAAAAGCGUUUAAACGCUUUUCACUCAAAUCGGACCAAGAAAAGCAUAUAAAUACGAUUUUCAAUGAUUUCAAAGUAUAUUUCUUAACUAUCUUUGCAUAUAUUUCUGUCUAAAGUGCCCCAGCUCAUUUAUGUAAGAAAUUCAAAUGUUAUGUUUUUAGGCUUUUAAACCUCAGUGGGGGUCCCUUUAAGAUUUGAGAUGUGAAAUCAAGAUUUUGACGAUUUAUAUGGAUUAUUUAUAAAUAAUUAUUAACAGAAACUGUUUGCUUACUUAUCUAAGAUUUUUAUGCUUUCAAUACUUUAUGUUAUGGCAUAGUUUAAUAAAGACGUUUGUUCACAUAUAUAUAUAGUAUUUUUUUCAAUGCUGAAUUCAAUCUUUCUUAUAAACUUAUGUGAAGUUUCUUUUUUCGCCAUUUAAAAUUAUCAUUUACAAACAUAUUGGCCAGACACGGUGCGAAUAAUUUUCAAAAGAAAUGCAUGAAAUAAACAUUAUUUGCCAAAUAUGUGCAUUAAAUUAGCAUUACUGUAUUUUGAUCAAUAAAAGUAUUGUAU